CAUCGCAUUGUCCACAGUUGGAUGACCUUUAUGCCGGGAGAGAUUAGGUGAAUUGUAGGCGCCAGUGCAGAUAGAUACCAUGGGUGCCAAUGUGGAAUAGCUUAAAGAGGAUAUAAGGCGAGUCGCGGUGGCGCCGUCGUACUCGAGAAUUUGCACGACAACCUCUGGCGAGUUACAACACAUAAAUGGACAUAGGGUAACGAAAAAGGAAUGAAAAGAGAAGGUGUCGCGACGAAAGCUACCGGGCUACCUGAGAUACCCAACGUCAUAAAUCACUCGUCCGAAAUGCAUCCGAGCAUGAGAGGCAGGACAUUCGGUCGACUUCUCGACUCCGUCUUAAAUAAUUGCCGAUAAUGAAUCAGUCGAGUCUAACGACGAGCCAAACAACAGUUGUCUCUCGGCUGGCCCCAUCAAAUUGACAUUCCAAAAAAAUUCGUUCAGUUUCUGCUACGAACCUUAGAACCUCGCUUCCAAAACGCAACUACGACAAAGAAACAAAAUUGCAGCUUGAUUUAUCUUUCAGAAUUCUGGUUUUCCAAAUAUUUAUAGUUUUGAUGAGGAGACAGGCAAAGCGACAAAGGAGAAAGGGAACAGCUAUGAAAUGGUUUGCGACGAAAAGAAGAAGAAGAAGAAAGCGCGAUGGAGGGCGAGUGGGAGAGACAGCGCGAAAGAAUUAUCUGGUACAUAUUUUCUUUAAUGUCGUGCACCGUGCGAAGCAGUUAAGCAAAGGUCACAAGUUGAGCAAUCUGUUUAUCGGUGCAAACAACGAUGCGACAAACGUCGAAGGAAAGGUUGAUGAAUCUUUCGUCGGAACGGCUGUCCUGGCGAAACUCCUUCGCCUUUCCUGAGUCAGGCUCCACGAGUGGAGGUGAGAGAUCUCCCUCCUUUCGAACAAUCAAAACUUCCGGGAAUAAUUGGAUAAACCUAAAAGGAGAUAAAAGCGUCGCCUACCGGGGACCGGAUUUGAGUAAGCGCGGUAGCCACGGCGAGGGAGUAUAAGGAACGUGCUGUGGGACACGGCGGGGGGGCAGGAGAACGAAGGAGGAGUACGAGGUGAACAACAACGAGGCGAGGAAGGAGAGAAACGAGAAUAUGCAUAGUAUUGGGGUGUGGUGGUAACGCGCAGGAGGAGAGCAGCUGUUGGAGCCGAGCCGUUCGUGGCUGGACCGUUCCGUGAGUGAGCGCGCGGCCGGUAGAAAAAGAAGAUGAGCCCGUCGGUGUACGCGCGUAACGUACGACGGAGGGGGUCGUAAGAAGAGUGAAGAAGAGCCCGGAGGGAGUCCCUCGCCGAAGGAGGCGUGCGGCGCCACGGUGGGUACCGACGCGACGACUCGGUUGCGACUAUAAGUAAGUCUCGCGCGGCGCGCCGCGACUUAAUGCCGUCGCCGCGUCCGUGGCGCCAAGAGGAAGGCCCGUUGGCGACGACGAUAAACCUCCUUCUCGUGCGUCCCCGCGAUUGCGAAGGAGAGGAGAGAGAGAGAGAGGGAGAGGCCCGGUGAACUUAUAUUCCGUAGGAUGGUGUGGAUCGGCGACAGUAGAGAUAACACGUGGCUGUCAGUCGCUACUGCUACUGUGUCGAUUUCGCCUGCCAGUGUUGACCAGUGAUCGGUGGUACAGCGAUAUUUAAAAACAACACCGCGCUUUCAAGGGCUCCGGAUUUGUUUUACGCGCUAUGAAACAUUGUGUUGACGUUCGUGUUUUCUUCAAGGGACAGUCGUACAGUUAAACGCAGACGAUUACUGUCGUGAGACCUAUAACAUUCGUGUACAUAGUGUAUCGAGUGGCGGAGACGAGGAGAAGUAAUUCAUUUUCGCGUAAGUGGUGGUCGCGCAGAGGGUGGUCCCGUUUUGCAAACCUCUUGUCGCGAAACGUCGUCGCGGUUUCGUUUGAUCGCGUACCCGACAAUCGCCCUGACACGCGUCUGUAAUCACAUUUGGUAGUUCGGUGUUCCCGCUCUCGCGUCAAGUGACAGCAUGUCCGGGAUUCUCUACACGCUGCUGGGCCUCGCGGCCAGCACGAGUCUUCACUGCGCCGUACGCCGUGAGAUCAGCCCGUGCACCUGCCGACAGGAGGAGUUUCCCAGUCCCGUUAUCAACCAGGCGGCGACGGUGGCCGCGUCCACCGGCGGGGUCGCCAACGCGAACAACAAUGCUGGCGUCGGUGGCGGAGGCGGCGGUGAUAACCACCACGUAGGGGAGCGUAUCGAGGUGCUGUGCGAGAAGAUGAAGUCGUUUGACCAAUUGGCCGAGGCAUUGAGCGGCAAAUUCACCCCCGAGCAACAGAUCACCCUGCGAGUGGCACACUCGAAUUUACGUGACAUAUCGCGCCACGACUUCAAGGAGCUGCGUAUGUCCAUCACUCGACUCGAGCUGAACCACGAUCAUCUCGGGGUCGUGGACGGUGACGUUUUCGCCGGUCUGGGCCGUACACAGUAUUUGAGCCUCGCGGACAACGAGGUGCCGUCGAUACCGAGGCACAUCUUGUCGCAUCUAUCGCUGCUACGAACUUUGGACCUCAGCAGAAAUCGGAUAAGCCGCAUCGAUUUGGAUGACUUCAAGUACAAUCCGACGCUUCAGCACUUGGCCAUGGCCGGAAACGCGAUCUCCGAGAUGACCCCGGGUUCGCUACCGCCUCUGGUGAAACAUUUGCAUGUCGGAAGGAAUCGUCUAAACAGCCUGAAUCAUACUCUAAGAGAUUUGAAUCAACUCGAGUGGUUGCUCAUUAAUUCUAAUGAGCUCACGUCACUCGACGGCGAGCUACCGUCGUCCGGCCACAAUCUCAAGAUGCUUUACGCCGUGGAUAACAAGCUGACGCAUCUGCCGGCCGAGUUCCGAUACCUUCACCGUCUGGAGACCCUCUUCCUCCAACAGAACAAGAUCCGAAAUCUCGACGGCACUCUGCAGAAAGCCAGACGCCUAAAAUUCCUGGAGCUCUCAUAUAAUGAAUUGCAAGAGCUGAACGCGGACGAUUUCAUAGAGGCCGAGAUGUUGGAGGACCUCGAGCUCGGGCACAACUCCCUCAAGUCUCUCGGCGGGGCGGACGGCGAUGGAAACGGGAGUAGCGCCCUUUAUCCCCUCAGAUCAUUGAAGUGCCUGAACUUGACGCACAACGAGCUCCGCGAGUUCUCCCUGGCCUCCCUGCGCGGCCUGCGCGAGCUCAAGUUGCUAGAUUUGUCGAACAACCGGAUCGCCAGACUGCACAGAGGAAGGCUAUCCUCCGAGAAUUUGGUGGAAGAGGAGGGCGAGGAGAUCGCGGGCAGCACUAUUCAGGACUUGAGUCUUCAGCAUAAUGAGCUGCGUAGUUUGGACGGCACCCUGUUCCUGGGCAUGAAGGAGCUGCAGAGGCUCAAUCUUAGCCACAACGCGCUGGGCCCCACGAUCGGGCCGCGCGACCUGCGUGGUCUCGACGGGCUCCGUGUGCUCGACAUCUCGCACAAUCAACUCACCACUCUCGAGGAUACAUCGGAGACGUGGCUACCGUCUCUGGAGGAACUGAACGCGUCACACAAUCGCCUGGUCACGCUGUCCGGCCGAGAUUUUCGCGGUUUCCCGGUGCUCUGCUGGGCCGACGUGAGCAUGAAUCAAAUACGUACCCUCAUGCCGGAGCUGGUGGCCAAUACACGAUGCACGAUUCACGGAGUCCCCGACGUGCUACGUAUAUACCUUCAAGAUAAUCCCGUGCUGUGCGACGCCGGCCUGGCCGACUUGACCGUCGCGCUCGAGGUAAAUCACGCCAAGGUUUACGGGGUCGGCAGCGAUUGCCCAACCACGACAACGCCCGUGCCGCCGACGACGGUCGAGCUGACGUCGGCGCUGCCACCGGCACCACUGCCCCCGACGCUUCUGCUAGCUGCCGCGGCGGCCGCGUCGGGGGGCAACGUGUCCUUCGCCGCCACCCUCGAGUAAGGGCCCCAGCAUUGCCGCGAUGCGUGCUGGCCCUAUGAGAAUAAUUGCGCGAGCACCACAUCAAGCAGGGUGAAGAUCCGACGAAGGAAGAAAGGAAGAGGGGAAGGUACCCGAGAAAUUCGCGCGAGAAUUUGUCGUCCUCGUUUGAACGAGACGGGAAAAAAGGCGCGAGGUAGACCACCAAAGUAUGAACGGAGCAAUCGUCAGAAACGACAUGCCAUCUCUGUGGACACCCAUUGGUAGUGCGCAUCGCGUGUAUGUACAUCGUGCGUAAUUUACAAUGUAACGGGCUCGACGAUACUUCCGAGCGCUCUCGGAAAAUUUCGUUCCCAGCGAUUUCGAGGGGGCGGUGUGUUUGUGCGUCUGUCUCUGCAGAGAAGCACCUUCUUUAGUCGUAGCAAGUCCCGAGAGACGGACCCGCACAGCCUCGAUAUGUAUACUUAGGAGAAUCUUGCGCGUCCAAAAAUAUCCCGUUGGAUAUUCGGGCUACACGAGGACCGCGUUCGUCCGAUAUCGGAGUCUUGAAAUAAUUCGAGAAAAAAAAUUCAAGAUCCUAGAUCCGUGUACGUCUUCAGUGAGAAACGAGUGAAUGCGGAAUUGUACCGCAUACAAAUUUAUACUUUUCCGUUAAGCAACAGGACGAGGUCCUUACAUGCCUUUGCAUUGUAAAUAGUCUUCAUCAGCGAAAAGUCUUGUUUGCGUAGCAGUAAACCAUCUUAAAUUUUUCUUUUCGUCAAGUUGAGCGCAAAAAUAGCCGACAAUGUAUAAACAAAACUCGAUAUUGCAUCGAUUAGCAACUCAUUCUUAUUUAUAAAUUCUUCGGGAACUUAAAAAAACGUACGACAUUCUCAACAGAUUCCAUCACGUGUGCAAUAAAAAGCUAUAUAUUGAAAAUCGUUGUAUUUUGGAAAUGCGUGUAGAGCAUCCAAGCGUCCCGAGACGGAAUACGUUAAUCACCGCUUUCUGAUAAGCUACCAACGUAUCGCGGAGCGACAAUACGAGCGAAGGAAAACAGCAACGUUCUACAACGUGAUUAUUCGCGGAAGACUUCGGUCUUCGGUCAACUUUCUCGAUGGUCAUGUAUAUGCAAAUGAAUUCCCGACGGGUCAAUGGAGCAAAUGAAAUCUGUUAACUUUAUGCCGUUGGCACGGGCAGAUUGGCAGUGGGCGAUCAAUUGACUCCUUCGUUAACUCGUGCCAAUAGGGACGAAUUGUUAUCAGCGUGCCUCCACGCAUACAUAAUGGGAUCAGCUCGUUUGUCAUCCGCGUACAGUGCUCGGUUAAUACCAUGCGCGCGUAAAUAUCACGAUAAAUACAGCAUAAAACGUCCGUUUCCGGAAAAAAUUCGCAGAAAGAAACACCGCGCGAGACAUCCUUCCCUGAAUCAAUAUUAUAAACGUUAAACGCACUAGUAGUAAAUCAAAGAUUUCGGAGUUCGGCUAUUCCAUACACUAAAUGUAGCGUAAAUAUGAAAAUUUGCAAAAUUUAUUUAAAAAACAAAUCAUUUGCCAUGCAAAUGGCGUUAUUUUGACUCGAGAUCGUUAGAUCUAUCAAUCGUAAAUCUUGGACGUAAUUAGUAUUACUUGAUUCUUUUGACACACACACGCCCAUAUAUAAAUAUAUACAAUACGUAUUGCAGAAGGCAGCCAACUUAAGCUAGCACGACUGCUAGCUUAAUUUUAGCUAGAACUCAGAAUCAAAAUAAUUUAUCUCUAUUAAGUAUUUUAAUGAAAAGUAACUUUGCGUCGUGAAGAGGCAUCGCGAGAGAAUCGUGAAAUAUUGAUUAAGUAUUACAAUGAUCAAAUGUAACGCCUAUCCAGUCAACUAUCUAACAAGUAUGCAAGUAUGUGCGAUAUGAAAUAUCAUCGUCAAAUGAUUACAGGUGUGCGGUACAUUAACGUAACGUCCAAAUGUCGUACUGAUUUUACUUAUUAAGUGUAUUUCUCACGAUGCUACGGGGACGACGCAACGUUGACAUGUACGUAGGUACCAUUUAUAUAGAUAUAUAUAUGUAUAAGUAUAUGUACAUAUAUAUACUUAUAAAAAGACAAAGCAGAGACCUGUUUAUAUAAUUUUAGCGACUAAGUUAUUAUUUAUCCGCACUGUGAUUUGCAAUUUGCUCUCUUAUGACUCUUGUGACAAAAUAAAAAUUAGAGAAACAAAAAAUUAUAUAUCUCGUAAUGACGAUACACACACAUAUAAUAAAAUCGUGCCGAUGUUUAGACAACGACGUGUGAAAUGUUACAUAUCUUAUACAUAUAACGAUUUAUUUUAGGUAUCUUAACUUUUAUUAAUAAAGACCUCUCGCAACGAGAGAGACAGAACAA